UGACCCCCACCUUCAUCCCAGGUCUAGCAGUGCAUGCAGAACAAAGAAGCAACUACACGGUCUCCUUGGAAGUGUCGGAAGGAGUCCUGAGAACAACUAUUCCAGCUAAAGGAGUGCAGGUAAAAGUGACAGGUAAUGGUGAGAGCCGACUGAUGGUGGAGUCCAGCAGCCUGGAGGCCCUCAAUGAGCUGCUGGCUGAUGUGUCCUAUAACAGCACUAUUUACCACAUACACACCGGAGACCUCGCAACCUUCCAGUUUGAGGACCAUGAAGCUGUGUUUCCCAUUACCAUCAAACAGCCUCAACCUCCAGUCCUGUACGACAUGGGAAAAGAUAUCAACUCUCAAGUCACCAUCAUCACAAAGACGUUCCUGCGCUACCCAGAACUCAAUGUGUUGUUGAAAACCAUCAGAGAAUUCUACAAAGACAUUGAAAUCAUCAUUGCAGAUGACAGCAUGGAACCAGAGAAAAUUACAGGACCUCACAUCCAGCCAUUUAUCAUGCCUUCCAGCUAAGGGCUGGUUGCUGGCAGGAACCUGGCGGUCUCCCAGGUCACCACCAAGUACUUCCUGUGGGUGGACGAUGACUUCCUGUUUACCAAGUUGACCAAAAUCGAAAGCUUGGUGAAGGUGAUGGAGGCUGGUCCAGAACUGGACGUGCUUGGCGGUAAAGUACAAGGAGACCAGUUUUAUUUCUCUCUCAUCUAUGAGGAAGGAGACGAAAUGGAAGGUGGCUGCAUGUACAGGAAGUCCAGAGGGAGGUACCGCUCUCUUCCUGGUUACCCAGAAUGCUCAUUGGUCAGUGGGGUGGUCAACUUCUUCCUGGCUCGUACAGAUGCCGUACAGAGGGUGGGAUUCGACCCUCAGCUCAAGAGGGUAGCACACUCAGAGUUCUUUAUGGAUGGCCUGGGCUCCUUGAUGGUGGCAACAUGUGGCCAUGUGUCUGUUUCCCAUCAGGCCAGACUCAAACACAAUGACACCAAGCUCUACAAAGCGUUCAGAUACCCUCCAAAGAGUGAUGUGACCUCAAAGCUGCAGCUUCACUUCUUCAAAAAUCACCUGAAGUGUAUAAAAUAUGGAUAAUGUAUUAAAGUAACCUAUAUGUUAAUUUUUGAUUCAAGAUUCAAAGAUGUAUUGUCAUAUACACUACUACGGUGAAGAUAUGCAAUGAAUGAAACACUUAGGUCAAAGGUUCCUCAACAGUGUAAUUAAAAGAUAUCCAAUUCUUCUUUUUUUUUAAAUAAAUAAAGCUCAGGAGUUUGUAUUUAUCAUUAAUGAUGGUCAUAUUAUGUAUUGUGCUUUUUUACAUUGUGUUAAGUAGCCUACUGUCACUGUGUUAAACUGCACUAUAUAGUAUUGGACAAAAGCUCUCAUGUUAUCUUACAAUAUAACAAGGUAAGGGAAAUGAUAAGAAAGUAAACCAAUGUUGUUUGAUACGUUGUUGAACCACAAGUGGGGUAUUUACUGACCUACUGCCAGUGACGUGUGGUGAGGUUCA